AUGCUCUAUGAGAGUGACGGACGCAUUACGACGGAGAGCGCGAGGGCGUUGAAGGAGUUGGCUCCGUUGGCUCCCUGGGGCUGUAUCGAGCUCCUCGGACCUAUCGAGCAGCGUGGAGGGGACAGCUUUCGGCUGCUGUGGAUGGGGCAGGAAAUCACCAUGGACCUGCUGCCCUUGGAGCGUCCACAAGUGGUGCGGGUGGUCGCGGAGGGAGAUUCCCCGACAUUCUGCAGACCACCGUGGCCAUACGGACGCGCAACUCGCACGCCUGGAGUGAAGUACCUCAAGGCGCGCCACAAUCAGCGAAUCGUGGCAGGGCUCUUUCCAGAGCGCGCUGGCCUUUCAAUGCAGGACAUCCCGUGGGCAAAGCCAAGCUUCAGGCAGGAACUGAAGCCUAGGCCCUCUGAGAAGAGCGGUUUUUGGCCGCAGAGUUCACUUCAGCAGCAGGCCAGCGAGAGUUGGGAUGGUUUUUUGCUCGAUGUUAGAGGUAUAGUACUUGUACCAGACGGGGCCGGUUCUCACUGCCGUGAAUUACAUAAUUAA